AUGAUAGACAAAAAUAUUGAUGAAAGUAAUUCUAAUAAUUCCUUGGCUAGACAAAAGAGUAUAUCAUAUAUACGUAAAGAGAUUAAAGAUAUUAUGCACCCUUCAAAUAUAUAUCCAGGCAAUUCUAUCCCCUGUGAAAAAAUUAAUGAUGAAUAUUCUUUAGUCCGUACCAUGGAUCGAACUAAGGGUUCUAUUAAAAAUGGUUCUUCUCAUAUUGAGAUGCAUGAAGAGCGUUAUAUAAUGGCUUGCUUAAAUGAAAAUAUGGAUGAAGAAUCUAAGAAAAAAAUGAAUAUUUAUAAGAAUAAUUAUAUUAAUAUAGAAGGAGAAAAGAUAUACCAAAAAUGUAGUGUAGAAGGAUAUAAUAACUUAUAUAAUAAAGAAAGUAAUGUUCAAGAAAAUAUGGGAAUACAUCAAUUACAAUAUGAUGAUGAUAAUAAUAAUAAAAAUGAUAAUUCUAUCAUUAGAGAAUAUCAUAUUGUAAAUGAUAAGAUAAACAGUAAUCCUAUGAGUAUGAACAAUCAAGAGGAAUUUUUAAGAAAUAUUAAUGAAGAAUUAGAACAAUUAAAUGAUACUAACAAAAAUACAAAAUACAAUGAAAAAUUUUCAGCAGAAAAUUUUUUCUCAUUAAUACAGACUUUUAAAAAUAACAUACGUAAGGAUAAAAUCUUGAAUGCAUAUAAUGAAAAAAUAGAUAAAGAUAAUGAAAAAUAUUUAGAUGACAAUAGGAACAUACAAAAUAAAUUAAAAAUGAGAGAACAAAAAUAUAUAGAUAAAGAACAAGGUGGCAUAUAUGAUAAUAACAACAACAAUAAUAAUAAUAAUAAUAAUAAUGAUAAUGUGGUAAAGACUAAAGGUUGUCGAACAAGAGGAAGAAGAAAAAGAAAAAAUAUGAAUGAAUCCAAUAAUAAUAUAAAUAAACAAUCAAGAAUAUACCAAGAAGAUAAUAUAAGUUGCAGAAAAAAUUAUAAUAUAAAUGAAAAAAAUAUUAUGUUGAAUGAGAAAUAUAAUGAGAACUCAUUUAAUUGUGAUAUCAAUAAAAAUAAUACAAAUAAUAUAAAUAUAUAUAAUUCUAAUGCUAAUAAUUUUAAAAGUAUAAAAAAUGAAGGGAGGGAAGAAAAAAAUAAUAAUAUAUUAUCAAAAAAAAGAAAAAUUAUAUCUUUUAAUAAUAUUAAUGUAGAUGAAAAUAAUCCAAUAUUUAAUUCAUAUGAAAAUAAUAUAUUGCUUAAUAAAAAUGUAGAAAAAGAUAAAAUCAUAAAUAUACAUCAGAAUAUUAUAUCACAUAAUGAAGAAGGAAUAAAUAAAACAAAUAAUCAAUAUAUAAAAGAAGCUUGCUAUAAAAGAAACAAUAACACAUAUGUAAGUGAAUAUAUAAGUAAAGAGGUUCUUUAUAAUUUUAUUAAAAAUAUGAAUAAAGUCUCUAAGAAUGCGAAACAACUCGAUUCUUCAUGUAAUGAAAUGUUUGAAGGGGAAGAAAUAAAUGAUAUGUCCAAAUGUAAUAAAAGAAAAGUGUCAAAGAAUAAAACAGAUAAUCAACAUAUAAAAAACAACAACAAUAAUAAUAAUAAUAAUAAUAAUAAUAAUAAUAAUAAUAUUAACAACAGUUGUGAUAAUAGUAUAUAUAAGGAUUCAUUUCAAUAUUAUUCAUCUAUAUAUGAUAAGAACAAAAGAGCUUAUACACAAAACGAUGACAAUACUACUAUUUGUUCAAAAGAAAAUCUUUUAUUUUAUCAACACAAUAAUGAUAAUAAUUUAAAAAAUAUAAAAAAUAAUAUAUAUAAUUAUGAUGUAAAUAUUAAUAAUAGAAAUAUAUAUAACAAUAAAUAUUAUGAAAAUUAUAAUUAUAUAAAUACAUGUAAUAAUAUUAUGAACACAUAUGGAAAUAAUGAUAUACAUGAAGACAAAAAUACACAAUAUAAGAAAAGAAAAGAAUAUAUAAAUAAUUCUAAUGCUACAGAUAAUAGUAUGAAUUCUUCUGUCUUUGAUGCACAUUUAAAAUAUAUAAUUAAUAAUUAUAUGAAAAAAAGUAGACAUAAUUUUAAUUUUUUGAAUGAAAUUUUGGAAGAUAAUAAAAAUAAAAAGACAAUUACUAAUAAUGGAGAAAAAGAGCAUAAUCACAAUGAAAUUAUAAAUAAUAAUAAUAAUAAUAAUAAUAAUAAUAACAAUCCUUAUAAUAGUAAUAGUUAUAAAAUAUUCAAUGGACCAACAACAGAUAACAAUAUCAUUUGUAAUUUUAUAUCAAAUAUAAAAUUAAUGGAGAAGGAAAAAGAAAAAGAAUGUGAAAGAGAAUAUAAUAAGAUUAUGAAUAAUAAUUCUAAUGUAGGAACAAAUAGUUUUAAUGUAAACAAUAAUAGAAGCAGUAAUAAUAAUUUGAAUAAAUCAGAUAUUGAGAAAUAUAUUUAUGAUAUUUUAAAUAAAUUUAAUCAUACACAUUGUAAUGAAUUAUAUAAAGAAAAUUAUGUGUAUGAAAAAGAUUGUAUACAAAAUGAUAUGACAAAAAAUGUAAAAGGAUCUUAUGAUUCUUUAUACUCCUUUUUAAAUGAUCCAUCCAAAAUGAAUGAAACAGAUAAUAAAGAAAUGUCACGUAUAGUUUCGAGGUAUUUAAAUAUUCGAGAAAAUAUAAAAUUGAAAAGGUUAUUAAGUAAAUCAAAUAGUGGUACAGAUAUAAAUAAUAUUAGAUAUGAUUUAGAAAAUAAGGAAAAGGAAUAUAUGCAUAAUGACUGUAACGAUGUUAUAGUAAUGAAUAAAAUGAUGAAUAUAUUAAAUUGUAAUGAAAAUGAACAUAAUAAUAUAAAAAAUAUAUAUAGUAUACAAGAUAAUUUAUAUAAUUUAUAUAAUAAUAUUGAUUAUUUACAUAAUGAUGAUAAUUAUAAUAAAAUAACAGAAUGUAAUUUAAAGCAUAUGUAUAAUGAAUAUAUUAUUAAUAUGUAUGGAAAUCAAAAAAAAAAUGAUUAUAUUAAAAUGAUAGAAAAUUCUUCCUUCGGACCUGCUGAAUAUGAUAAUAAUUUCUCAAAUUAUAAACUAUGUGAAGGAAUUUUAAAUAAUUUUAUUAAUAAUAAAUCUAUGCAUUUAGAUGAAAAAAUUCAAUUACAAGAUAUUAUGGAUAUAUUAGAAAAAUAUAAUGAUUAUUUAAAAUUAAGAAAUUAUAUUAUUCCAAAAAAUAUUUAUAUUAAUUGGUGUGAUAAUAAAAAUGAUAAUGUUGAUUCAUCUAUUUAUAAUCCUAACACAAAUUUUAACACAUCUAAGCAGAUCUCACAAAAAAAUAAUUCACAUGAAAUAAACAUUCUAGAAAAUAUUAGAAACGAUCAUGUAUUAAGAAAUUAUCUUUUGUAUAAUGAACCAUUUUGUAAUUAUCACAAGUUACAAAUAAAAAGGUUGAAUUAUUUAUCAUUAAACGAUAUUAAUAUAAAGACUGUGCGUGAUUUGGAUCUUGUUGGAUGUAAAGAUACAAACUGCUUUUUUUAUGCAUAUCUGGUAACUGCUUGUAAUGGUAGAAAAUCCAUCCAUUUGAAUAAUAAUUAUAUUAAUUCUUCUAAUAUUGAAAGUGCUAACAGUCGUAAGGAUGGUAAUAAUAAUUUUAGUUGUGAGGAAAUAAAUGAUAAUUAUUUGAAGAAUAAUAAAUUAAAUUAUCAAUUAAAAGAUCAACUAAAAGAUCAAAUAAAUGAACAAAUAAAAGAUCAAUUCAAAGAUCAAUUCAAAGAUCAAUUAAUUUGCCAAUUAAAUGACCAAGUAAAAGAUAAAUUACAUGACCAAAUGAAUGACCAAUUGAAUGACCAAUUAAAUAAUAAGGUUAAUCAUAUAAAUAAACAGAGUAAUAACUAUUAUAAUUCAUUUAAGGGAACCAUAGAAAAAUUUACAAAUGCAGAACAAGAAGAAUGCUUACUAAAACAAUGCAUUAAUUCGUUCAAAUUUAAGAAUAAUAAAAAUAUGAAAACAAAUGAAGUAUUAUUAGAUGCUCAACAAUCAUUUAAUGAGUCCAACAAUUAUUUAGAAAAACAAGCAUCCUUAUCAAAUGAUAAAGAAUAUAACAGUUGUUAUAUAAAUACUCAUAAAAACAAAAAUACACCCAUUAAAGAUAUCAGAAAAAACCGUAAUGUUAAUAAUCAAACAUUACAUAUUAAAAAUAAGACAAGCAAUCUUGAAAUUAAUAAACAAAUAGAAUGUAUUAAAGAAAAACAAAUUAAAAAUAUAGUAGAAAUACUUAAUCCAUUAAAUCUAUUUAAUGAUUCAAGAAUACCAAAUGAUUAUAUUAAUCAAAAACAAAUAAACAAAAAUAAAAAUAAUUAUUAUAGAAGGGCUUCUAGCAAUUUUGUAAAUAAUCAUAACAUUAGAAGAAGAAAUAUACUUCCUUUUCAUAUGAACAAUCAAGAAUUAUCUAGAACAUCAACUACAGCAUCUGUAAGUAUUAAAGAACGUAUCCUACAAAAUGUUCAAAACAAUAAAAAUAGUAGAAUUUUGAAUACACCAAAUAAAAGAGAACAUGAUAUACUUAGACAGGAUCAAUGGGAAUAUAUAGAAAAAAUUAAAGACUAUCUAUAUGCUACAUAUUUAAAAGAACAGAAUAAUGAAAACAAAAAUAUUUUAAACGAUUCAUAA